UUGGGUAUAUUAUUAUAAACAGUUUGCCAUGUAGUUAUUUGACACAUUUUCCAAAUUUCAGUUCUCCAAAAUUCGCCGUGUUAUUUAUCUUAAAAAAAAUUCAAAUGAAUUAGUAAAAAUAGCCACGAAAUCAUACAAAAAAAAAUCUGCAUGUCUACAAUAAAUAGGUGACAACGUUACGACAAUGUCUCCAAAGAAAAAACAUAGACCUCGGCCUAAACCCGUUAUCUCGUAUCCACCGGUAACGACAAGAAAAUGGAUACCGCCGGACAAGCGAAAAAAGCACCCGAAAAAGCCCCCCCAACUUCUAUACGAAAAACCUCCCGGCAUACACCAUCCCUUGGAGUUAUCGUCUCUGCUAAAAGUAUGGCACAAUUUUCUUUUCAUUGAUAACGGCGCCAGGGCCGUACUCAUGGGCAGUUUCAGCCUUACCAAUCGAAGGUUCAGGUUUAAAUCCAAUGGAAAACAGGCCAACUGUAUGUGUAUGGUCGCUUUGGCAUUUACGAAAUUGUUUGAUAUGUCCAUAUGGACGCCGGCCGUGGUGGACAAGUGUCUGGAAGUGGGCGAUACUCUCUACGUGAAUAGCGUUAUCUCGUUGGAAACAAGAGAUCCGAACAAGGGCAUUCUCAAAAUAACCGAAAUAUUGCCCCAUUUCUAUUUGGACGAUAACAAAUUAACCAUGGAAGUGAAAGAUGAGAUGCAGGUGUCUGGAAAAUUGUUCCCGGAUGUGGACGACUCCCCGUACUUGAAAAAUGUGAUUCAAACGUUCUUUAGCAAACACGACGGGGGCAUUUUGGCUACGCAAAAGAAAUUCUUUGCCGUGUGGACGUCGGGGGGAGCGUACUAUCUCUUCGACCCUGACGAUCACGACACCGCUGGACUUCGUUGGAAGGGCGUACCUGGUAUGGGGUACUCUUUUGUAGGCCGAUUCCAUAAUACGGAUAAACUUGUCGAAAUUCUACACGAGAACGUGAACAAAACCAGCAACGAUCUUUUCACUAUUUUUCCAUGCGUGCUGCUGCGAAUGAGCAGAAUCGCGAGAUCUGCACCGGAAACGUUCGAAGAGGUAGUUACCGCUGACGGAGAAAGAUCUAAAGCUUUGGAAGAAAAGAAAGAGGAGAAACCGAAAGAGAAGCACGAUUUUCCGUCGGCAAGAUUAUACCCUGAUAAAAAGUUGCCCCCUCCUCCGCCUCCGCCUCCCAGGGAGUCCGAAAUUCUCAGGGAGUUGGAGGCGGAACGAGCCAGGAAGCAAAAGGAGGACGAGUUCGAGGAGUUGAACCCGGUGCUUGUGAAUCUGAUGACUCAAAGGGAGUCCCAAGUGGAAGCUAUGCAGGCUGAAGCCGGUCCUGAAGAUAUGACCCUUCUCAAGUUCCAACCGCGCGAAGUACCUUCUUCACAAAUGGUUAAAGACAGGCCCAGAGCUGGCAGCGUCACGUAUUUCAAAAGUCUCAUUGAGGGUGUGAUGGGCAUCUUACGAGGGAGAACUCAUCAGUGCGACCCCAAUUUUUCGAAAUAUUUGGGUAAACAAAGCGUUCCCAACGCGUUUGCCGCGUUAACAAUGCUCCGUCUUGAAAAAUCAAGACGAUGGAUUUGCAGAAACCUGAAGGACAUCCUAGAGAUGGGAGAGCAUUUGUACCACGACUCCAUGAAGCUUCUAACCGGCGAUCAAGUAUUGAGACCGUCCACCAUGAUAAAGAAAUACCAGAUGCGCGACAAAGAGUUCGCGCCAGAUGUUGAAGAAUUCACAGUUGUCGGCCGUUUGGGUUCAGUUAAAACCGACGUUUUCGAUCUUCUUCCUGCACUCACGGAAUUCUUCAGGGACAACGAGACGGGAGUUAUCGUCGGCCCGUUGACUCUGGCAGUUUGGAUCGAAGAUGGCUACUAUUACAUGUUCGAUCCGAACGAAAGAGAUCGCAACGGGCUUGUGAUUAACAGACAAGUUGUUGUUGGAUCGGAGACCAUGAUCGUGGACGUGGAGCCCGGUGUUGCCUGCUGCACUUGGUUCAAAAAUCUCAAAGAUUUAGUUGACGUUUACAUGAAUAACAUUCUCAAAAGUCAAAACAAAGAUCCGUUCUACAUAUGCAGGGUGAACAUUAACGAUUACAUCGGGAUUCCCGAUCCUUGGAGCAACUUUGAAGGGAUCUCCGAGGGCAAGUGGAUCUUGCGCGGACACUUCAGUCAGGCUGACAGAAGAUUCCCGAGGGAAACGAGAAACACCCAAUGUACUGCCAACGCUGCAAUGUCAUUGGUAUAUUCUCAACUGAGAAGUAUGCGCGAUUGGACCAGGGAUACCGUCGAUGAGGUUUUGGUAUCCGGUGACUCGUUGUAUGUUAGCUGCGUGGAAUAUCUUAAAGCGAAUAACAAAUUUUAUGACAACAUGUUGAUGGUUGACGAAGUACAGAGGAGAUUUCAGGUAGAAGAGAGACAAAUAAGUCUGGAUAUCGCCGACUGUCUCGUCAACGGAGUUGUCGACGCCAAGGACGACGAUUGCGAAAUUUUGAACCUGAAGAAGGGCAUUCAAGAAUUCUUCAAAGAAAACGACACAGGGGUGCUAACAAGUAGAAAAAUUUCGGUGGCACUUUGGAAAAAUCACGGAAUGUUCUAUUACUAUGAUUCCCACGGGAGAGACGAAUACGGAUACACUAGUCCAAUCGGGACUGCGUGCGUGCUUAGAAUUUCGGACUUGAACGAGUUGGUGAAGAUGCUCCAGAGCAACUUAGGACCUGACGUCGAAUCAGCGCUGUACAACCUGAGCAGAGUCCAAGUCCAAAUUUGGGAACAGACGGAAGACGGGAAGGCAAGACCUCCGUUGAAAAAUUACACCGAAGUCGAUCAAGAAAGUGCGAUCUUGCGUGCCACGUGGCACCUGAACUCCCCGAAGUUCGGCCUCAAUUCUGGCAAACAGGAAAUCCCAAUGCUGAUGAUUGCCUUCGGGAUGCUCAAGGUGUACCCGCCAUCCGACUGGGACAGGAAUGUAAUCGACGAAGUGAUGGUCCUUGGGGACAAGUUAUACGAAACGUCGCUGAUUGCGAUCCAGAAGCCACCUUCGGAAAUCGCGAACGACGAAGAGGACACGGACGAAAUCACCGUUGACAACGUCACCAAGGAGUUCAAGAUCGGUCUCAACAAGUUCAAUUUGAACGUCGGUGGUCAAGUGUUUACCGGAAAUUUCGAGCAAUUGGGCGAAACGUUAACUUUGUUCAUGACCGAGAACGUCCCGGACGAAGACCAGAGGGAAUUUCUACUUAUAUCGCCUGCGAUUUCGCUUGCCGGAUGGCGCGAUGACGGGGUGUACUUCAUUUUUGAUCCGGAAGCUAGAGAUCCGUACGGGCAGGUGUACGGGAAAGACGAAUGGAGCCAGAAGCCUCCCGAACCAUCGAUCAACGAAGAGGAAGAAGAAGAGGAGGAGGAGGAGGAAGAAGGUCAAUCAGCUGCCUUAGCAAUCCAGAGUAUGGAAGAAGGCGAAGAGGAAAUGGAAGAAGAAGAACCACCAUCUCCACCUCCGAGACCGAAGCACAGCGCCCAUUACUGGGAAAGCCUUUCGGAAGAAUACGGGAGGGCGUGUAUCAUGCAGUUCAACAGUUUGGAGAAGCUGGUGCAGUUCAUUGUUGAGCAGACUCCGCCGUUGCAACGAGAAGAAAUCGAAUACAGCAUGUACACGGUGGCUGUCGACACCGAGCUGUUGGUCAAGAACGUCCUUGAUCUCGAAACAACCACCGUACCAGAAGAUUUGUACGCCGGCGACUGGUACAACUUUAGAGAAAUCGAACACGGUCGCUGGAUUCUUCGAGGAGAAAUAAAUCAAAUGAACGAAAUGUUCCCGUGCUACAAUCGGGGCCAGCAGUACCUGUCCAACAGUGUCAUAGCCCUGGCCUUUGCCUAUCUCUACACGUACAAGAGGUACAAUCAGGAAACCAUCAACGGUAUUUUGCGAUACGGCGACAGAUUGCUGACAAUAAGCAGAAAUAUGCGCAUCAAGGAACUGACGGGUAACAAGGAGCUGAAUCUGACGAAGGACGAAGUUAUAACGAUAAUAGCUCAGACGACGUUCUCGAUUAACGAGAUAUACAACAAGUUUUGUAUCCAGGAGCACAUGCUAUUCAUGACUGCGACCGAACGUUUAAUACAAGGGGAAAUCACGGCGAAAGAUAUGGAAGAACUUUUCGACGUGAAGAAAGGUUUGGAAACGUUUUUCGAAACGGAAAAGUACGGGGUGCUAGAGGCGAAAGACACGGCUGUCGGGGUGUGGAAAGGGGAGAAGGUAUAUUAUAUGUUCGACCCUGCUUCCAGAGGUCCGAACGGUUUGGAAGCUGCCCAGGGGGAGGCUUGUAUAACGAGAUAUUUAGACCUGGAAGUGAUGACGAACGUUUUCCUUGAAAACCUUCCGAAAAAAGGAAGCAACAAUUUCUUUAUUCAUAAAAUUGAAUUUACCAAAGACAGGUGCUGCAUUAAGGUGCCAAAACCGGAGUCACCUCCGGCCCCCGAGCCUCCUCUUUGCACCUACACGAAACUCCUGCCCGGCAAAUGGAUUUUGCGCGGAUCGCUGAGUCAAGAUCAUCCGAAGUUUUCGCGAGAACCGAAUUCCAUGAGUGCCCCAGUAGCCGUCAUCGCUCUCACCAUGACGCUCCUCCACAAAUCGCAGAAAUGGACCAAGCCUGUCGUGGACGAGGUGUUGUACUACGGCGACGAGUUGUUCAACGAUUCGAUAAACAAUUUGGGCUACGACUUCAACCCUUGGAACCAGCAGAUCUCGCUGCACCUGGUCAACAAGGAUUACAAGAUCGGGAAGCUUCAGGCGAAUUGCGAAUUGAGGAACACCGACCAGAGGGGCAUCAUUGACAUUAAGGACCCCAAAAUAUUGAACCUUAGACAAGGCAUGGAACGUUUCUUCGAGGAAAACACUCACGGUGUGAUCCAAACGGAAACACUAACUGUGGCAAUUUGGGAGGACGAGGAUCUCGAUAAUGUAAUCUACAUGUACGACCCGAAUCCGAGAGGUCCAACGGGUCUUCACGCCCUCGACGGCACGGCUUGCGUGAUGAGCUUCGAGAACAAGAAGCUGGCUGCGGACCAUUUCAUCGCCAACAUAGCGGACGACCAGAAGAGACGUGAAUUCGUCAUAGUUCCUGUCGAGAUUGUGGUCGGCGAGAUGAAGACCAAAAGGGCGAAGAAGAGGCCCUGCAAGAAACCGCCUGUGCCUCCAACACCUUGUCCCACGUCCAUUCCGAAGAAGAUUCCCGUGUGCAACAGGGACAGCGUGAGGAACGUGUGCGCGGACGUCACAAAGCCUCACUUUGCCGGCAUGACCGUCGGGGUGGCCGACAAAUUUACCACCUUCGAAGCUACCAAAGGCUAUCAAGCAACCGCCGAGGUGAAACCGCCCGUCAAGGCAGCCACAGGUGGCGUGUGUCCACCUAAAACCCCGAAGAAACCGAAGAAGAAGCUAAAAUCGGGCAAAGUCGAAUUGGACAUCAUGGGCGCCACGUAUCAAAGCCCUACGGAAGCCGAAAAGAAAAAGAUCAUGGCGAUGGCCACAGCUGAGUACAACUUCAAACUGGGAAUGAAGUUGGCUAAAUUGGGUCGUACAGGCUUCCUGGACCUUCCAUCGGGCGAUAAGCUGCUCAGAGGGAUGAAGAGCCAAACCAGCAGGGGUUACAGCGUCUUCUCCCGCGGAAACCAAGACAUUCCCAACUGUCUCUGCUUCCUGGUGAUCUUCAAACUCACGCCGAUCGCCAACUGGACCCACAAGCACAUCGAUCUCAUCCUGGACUCGGGCGAUAAACUGUACAAGGACUCCUACAUCACGUACCAGCCCAAGGAUCCGAAACUGGGAUUGGCGAACGUCCUGCGGAAGUUCUACAUCAGACAGGUGGAGGUCUAUCUCGAAAUCUACGAGCCGUCCGUGUCCGGACUCCUGGUGGAGGACAACCUCGAGGCUGCACUGGUGAGUUUCUUUUAUCAAGAGAAUUUCUGCAUGCUUACGUCGCACGACCAAUGGGUUGCUAUUUAUUUCAAGAAGGGAUAUUAUUACAUGUUCGAUCCGCACGACAGAGACCUGAAUGGUAACAGGGUCGAACCGGGAACGCCCUAUGGUAACGCGUGCGUUAUCAGGUUCGACGAGUUGCGAUCUAUAGCUCGGAAAUAUAUCACUAAUGUCGUACUGUGCCCGUCGGACAGUAUUAAACAGUUCACUUUAGCUCUGGCAGCUAUAAAGACGAUCAAGCAGUCGGGAAAGGCUAUGAGUGCUAAGGGUUGAUUAUUUAUUUAUUUAUUAAUUGGUCGAUUUGGUGGUUCGUUGGGUCCAGUGGAAGCUGUUGGAGAUGUCGCGGUUCCUUCUUGACGCUUGGGCCUUUUUAUUUUCAUAUUUCGUUUGCCUGUUUACGUACAUUUUUCAUUCCGUUUCUUCAUGCAUUUUUUCUUACUCAUAAUUAACGAUUUUGUUUCAUAUUUUUUUUAAUCGAUCUAUUUAAUUGCACGCUUCAUACUUCGCAUUCCUUUUUUGGCACUGAUAUCACCAAUUGAACAUUACAUCUUUGACAUUAAUUUUAUUCUACAUUAUCAUUGCAUUUUCGGAAAUAUUCAUUUAUCAACUAUUCUCCAUAACGUACGCUUCUCAUUAUGCAAUUUACUUCAGGAUUAUUAACACUUUUUUCAUUCAUAACAUUUAAUCGCAAAUUACUUACAUCUAAUGACAUUUUACAUAUGCAAUCAAAUUUUUUUCUCUUAAUUCGCCUUCAAUUUCUUCAUUUACAUGCCUUUUAACAACAGACAUUAAAUCAUAAUUUUUAUCACAACUUUUUACACUCGUAUUUAUAUCAUUAAAGUCGUCAUGACCUUGAACAUUACCCACAAUGACUCCAAUUUUCGAUUUCCUUUAAUUUGAUCUCACAAAUCUCGACGGUAUCUCUAACCAUAAUUGCACACAUGCAUAUUCGUCUCAUUAAUCUUAACAUUUCUUUAAUUAAUCGCUCAGUUUAUCUCAUCAUCUAACAUCUCAUAAAAUCUUAUCCUUAAUCCUUUUCAUUCAUAUUUAAUUUCCAUAAAAUACACGCUCUCAUUUUAUUAAUUUAUCUCAUUCAGUCAUUAUUCAUAAUCGAUUAUAUCGCCCAAGGAAAUAAAAAGGCCCAAGCAGAUACUAGAUUCUACGAUUUUGUGUUGAUUAUAAUUGUCACUUUUAGAAAUGUAAUGCAAAAUAUGGUGGCCAUUGUUUUGUGACCCCGUUGAAAUAAAAUUUAGAAACCCAUGA